GAUGCCAACCUUAAUGUGAAAUGAACAUGAAGAAAUGCAGUUAAAUCCUAACACUAAUCUUCAACCAAAACUCUUAUCAGGAGAGAAGCUCAUUUUUAGCAUAGAGAAAGUUUUAAAAUUCAACUCAUUCAUGAAUUAUAAGCAAGGUGUAUCUGGUGCUCUACAUCUGACCAAUUAUAAAUUGGCAUUUGUAACUUCAAGUGAGCUAGAUGAUGGGCCUGAAAAUUUCUUUGAGUCUGCAAUAAAUUCUACUAAUGAAAUUCCAUUUACAAACAUAAACUGCAUUUAUCAAGUCUUCUCUCAGGCUAAAAAGAAGAAAUUAUUGGCUGUCAACUCUAUUCAGCAACCAUGUAAGCGACUAAUGAUUUACAGUCGGGAUUUCAAAAUUCACUCUUAUGGUUUUAAGAUGGUUGGAAACAAUGAAAAAAUUAUUCAGUUCCUCAAGCAAAUGAGUCAACAUGCCUUUCCUGACAAGAAUAACCUCUUUGUGCUUAAUUAUAAUUUAAAAGUGAAAGCAGAUGAAUUUUCUGCUGAACCACCUAUGCCAAUGUUUAUUCAGCAAAAGGACUGGCAAGAUGAAUUAACACGAAUUGAUCAGAAUCCUAAUUGGUAUGUCACUAGUGCAAAUGAAAAUUUUCAAUUGUCUUCCAGUUUGCCUGAAUAUUUCAUUAUUCCAGAAAGUUUAAAUAAUGAAAGUCUUACUGAGAUGGCCAUGGCAUUUGAUGAUCAAAGGCUCUUAAGCUGGAGUUAUUCAUCAUCUUUUGGUACGACAUUAGCUCGUAUGUCUUGUCUGAAAACUGGAAUGAAUACUUUGAUUGAAAAGGAAACCUUUUUGAUAAAUGCUGUAAAGAAGUCCACCAACACUGCUGUGUCUGUUUUUGACUUAAUCGAAUGUUGUCCAAGUGUGAAAGACAUUGGUUUAAGUGGGGAAAAAUUAAGAGAGUUAUGUAUGACAGAUUGCUCUAAAGAUUUUUGGAAUAAAGACAUGUGUUGGUUAUCUUAUCUCGAAGAAACUAAAUGGCUCAGCUAUGUGCAGAGAUGCCUCAAACAAGCUGUACGAAUUGUAAAAAUGAUGACCUGUGAGAAAACAUCUGUAAUUCUCAAAGAACCUAAAAGUCGUGAUAUAAGCUGUUUACUGUCAUGCUUAGUGCAGCUUUUAUUUGAUCGUCAUUAUCGAACCAUUUUAGGAUUUCAAUCCCUUAUUCAACGUGAGUGGGUUUCCAUGGGACAUCCUUUUCAAGAACGUUGUGGCUUUGUUAAUGUUCCUGGUUCUGAGAGUCCAGUCUUCCUUUUAUUUUUGGAUUGUGUUUGGCAGUUGACUAUCCAAUUUCCUGUACAAUUUGAAUUUACCGAGACUUACUUGACUGUCCUUUGGGAUAGUCUCCAUACUGGACUCUUUGGAACAUUCUUAUUCAGUUGCCAGCAUCAACAUGUACUUGAGAAUUGUAAAUCUAUGAAUCAACGAUGUGGUAAUUCUGCUACGAACAUAUCAGAAUCUUGCUUGCCCUCUAUUUGGAGAAUGUUAGCAAAUGCAAGUCAUAAAACAUUAUUUUAUAAUCCAUUAUAUGUUAUAUAUAAUAACCAGAUUUGUUGCGAUCUUGCAAACUCAAUUAAAGAAACAUAUGUAUCAAUGAAGGACCAGAUUCUCUAUCCACAAAUAUCCUUAACUAAACUUUGGGCUCAGUGUUAUAUUCGCUGGCUUUUUCCUGGACAAAUAAAUGCAGGUGGGAAAAUAUCAGUAUAUUUGCAACAAUGUUUAUUGGUGGAAGAAAUCUUUACGCUGCAAAACCAGAUCAGCAAUUUAUCAAAAGGAGAAGCUAGUAAGAAAUCUUUUCCUGAUAGUAACCUUGUUUUUGCCUCUUCACUUGCUGAUGUAAACAGUAAAAUUACUUCUUCUUUUCCAUUUUCUGAUAGACACAGAAUUUGCAUGUAUGCUAAUGACUCUUCACUUCCUCAUCUUUCACUUAACAUAUACAAACAAAGCAGUAAAAUUAUUUCACCCAGCAUACAAGUUACUACUGCAGAUAAAUCUACUGAUCAAUAACAUAAAACAUUGUGACUAUCUUUUUCCAGCAAAAGAUAACUUUGUAAAUUACUUCACAAAAAGGUUUUAUGCAUAAAGUUGGUUAUCUAA